CAGGAAAAGGUAACGCUAUGGGCGUUAGAAACGGACCCCUACUUGCUGGAAGUAAUAAACGAUAAGAAAGAGCUUAAAGCUCUAAGAGAAUGUAUAAGCACGUAUAUACCUCUAUAUAUAAGAACCGAACUUAUUAAGACCUUGUACGAGUCCCUAGAAUAUAGACACGCAGGUGUGGACGAAAUGGUUAGACGACUAGCUAAGGUGUUUGUAAUACCACGCUUGCGAGCGAAGGUGCAGGAAAUACUAGAUAACUAUUUGUAUAAAAUUAGCAACGAUAAAGUAUUCGCCACACUACGCGAACUACGGAUAUAA